CUCGGACGGAACCGUGCUUUUGCGAUAUAUGCCAUUACAUUUGUUGCUCUACAGGCAUAGGGAACUUGUUAAAGAAGCUCAACUGGCCUGCCUUCACUCUUGUUAAUUAUUAUACUUCGGAUUCAAAGCCAAGACUGUAAUCGAUUUCAUCCCCAGCAUCCACAACAACACCAUGGCAUCCCGCGUGUUGAUCAUCAACGGCCCGAACCUGAACCUGCUCGGGACCCGCGAGCCCCAGAUCUACGGCUCGACCACCCUCGCCGACGUCCUCGCCACGGCAGAGUCACAGGCAAAGUCCCUCGGGGUGACGCUCGAGACCUUCCAGUCCAACCACGAGGGUGCCAUCGUCGACCGCAUCCAGGAGGCAGCUGGCUUCGGUCCCAAUGGCCACCAGAACAAGGAGGGCAAGGUCUCGGCCAUAAUAAUCAACCCAGGAGCAUACACACACACAAGUGUAGCUAUCAGGGACGCGCUGCUGGGCGUGCAGGUGCCCUUUGUGGAAGUCCACGUCUCAAACGUGCACGGCAGGGAGCCGUGGAGGAAGCACAGCUACUUCAGCGACAAGGCCGUGGCCGUCAUUGCCGGGCUCGGCGUCUAUGGAUACCAGGCUGCCCUAGAGUUCGUGGCGAAGCACAUGAAGCGGUGAGGCAUCACAGCCGGGGGGACCGGCGGUGGCAAGGCUUCUUGUUUAUGCAGUCUGAAAAGAAUCGAUUAAAAGUUUUUUUUUUUGAGAAAGAAGUCCCCGUCUGUCUUCUUGCCGUGAUCUGAUCUCGAUAUACUUCCAAGCUGUCUUUUGCUGCCGUGAUGCAUGAUCUUCUUUGAGACCCUUAUUUGUUACGCUCUCACCUCCGCAGCAUGAGCGUG